CCUCUGUUUUGUCUAGAUUGCUGGAUCCGUAUUGUUUAUGACGAGAUCUCUGAAGCACUCAGAAGUCUGAAAAGAUCAAAUUUCGACUCGCUCUCUACGUUUACAGGUUCUUCGCUUAGUAAUCUCGCUCUCUUUAUCAAGAUCAACCCUUGAUCAAUCAUGACUCACAACGUGAAAGUCUGCGACAUCGAUGACAGCCUGAAAGCAAAGCUGAAAGAAUUUCGCUUUCGAAAGCCAAAGGACAACGCCGCUCUUGUCUUGAAAGUUGACCGUGCAAAGCAGUGCAUAUGCGUUGACGAGCUUUUCGAGGAUGUCAGUGUCGAUGAGUUGAGAGAAUCUUUACCUUCACAUCAGCCUCGAUAUGUCAUCUACAGCUACAAGAUGGAGCACAGUGACGGGCGGAUUUCCUAUCCCAUGUGUUUCAUUUACAUCACACCAAGGGACAGCCAGAUUGAGCUGCAGAUCAUGUACGCCGGGACCAAAAUGGCUCUGCAACGGGAGGCUGAUCUCACCCGUGUGUACGAGGUGCGCGAACUGGAGGAGUUGACGGAAGAGUGGCUCCGCGAAAAGUUGAGCAAGUAGUGUUUUUAGCCCAUUAUGAUACUGAAUGUUCAACAUACUAUCGCGAUUGAUGUUGAAAAAAAUGUUACGCCUAUAGAUGUCAAAGAGAGCUCCACAGCUCGAAAUUUGUAUCAUAAAUUAAUGUGCGUGUAUUUACGACAAUGUGAUUAAUAUUCACGACAAAACUCAUCCAGUCAUAUUUUGAUGAAAAAUUGUACAAGCAAAUAUUUUUGUACCAAUUGACCAUUUGCGUCUGCGUGGCGAUUAUUAAGCCACAGAGAGGUACAUUCCUAGCUAUGCAAUUUAUUAUUUGGAUUGAUUUUUUUAGUUUAAGUUGAGUCUCGUCUUACUAACCUAAGUUCAUCUCGUUGCUGAUGGUACAAAUGAUUAACACCACUGUAAAUGUUUCGUUCAAAUUCAUCAAACGUGGAUUUGGCUGUGCAUUAAUAAUGCAAUACAAGUGCAAAUGGUCAAUUAAAUCUUCCUAAUCAUGCCUAUUUAAUUAAUAUCAUAAAAUGUCACUAGGUUUAAUAACAAAAUAACCACCAUCUACUGCCCUCUUACCAAACUUGGGCCAUAUAUUAUAAUAUUGUUUUGAUUUCCUCUAAAAUGUGUAUUCCUGUUUUUGUUGACGAUUUUGUAUCUAUGACACUUUUAUAAAACUAUAAACACGCUUUA